AUGCAGCACCGAGGCUUCUUCCUUCUAGCUCUUCUUGCCCUCCUGGCGCUCACGUCCGCCGUGGCCAAAAAGAAAGACAAGGUGAAGAAGGGCAGCCUGGGGAGCGAGUGUUCGGAGUGGACCUGGGGGCCCUGCAUCCCCAGCAGCAAAGACUGCGGCAUGGGUUUCCGCGAGGGUACCUGCGGAGCCCAGACCCAGCGCAUCCAUUGCAAGGUGCCCUGCAACUGGAAGAAGGAAUUUGGAGCCGACUGCAAAUACAAGUUUGAGAGCUGGGGGUCGUGUGAUGGAAGCACCGGCACCAGAGCACGCCAAGGGACCCUGAAGAAGGCUCGCUACAAUGCCCAGUGCCAGGAGACCAUCCGCGUGACCAAGCCCUGCACCUCCAAGACCAAGUCGAAGACCAAAGCCAAGAAAGGGAAAGGAAAAGACUGAUCUCAGGACGCUGGAGAGCCUCUGGCCUACCUGGGUCCCUGAAGGAGGCUUCUCUCCCACAGGCCCAAAAUAGAACCCACCAGUGCCUUCUGUCUUCCACAGCUUUGUCAGUCACACCCCGCCGCUGCCUUCUCACCCCACACCAAGUGCCCAAAGUGGGGAGGGACAAGCACAAGGGAUUCUGGGAAGCUUGAACCUCCCCAGGGGGAUCUGAUU